UUUUCCUAAAUUUUUUUGGUGAAUAUUUAUUGCAUUUUCAUGAAAAUUAGGAAGAUUUUUUUUUACUGUUUUUGUCUUCUGUUAUGAAAAUUGCCAACACUUGUUGAUUUGAAUAAAAAGGGAAUUAUUUUAUGUUAAUCCUCGAAGAUUAGCAAAACCCAUGAAGUAAUUAUUUUUAGUAGUUGUUCCUUGGAAGUUUCUCAUCUAUUUUUAGGAAGGAAUUGGAUUUGCCUUAUAGAAUCAAGAGAAGGGAGUUGUGGUGGAAUCUAUUCAACCUUUAAUUUCUUUCCUCAAUGAAACAUCUGAUGUAAAAGAGCUUUUGCAAUUAAUAUGGAGGGUGAUAUGGAGAGUGGUAUGGCCACCAGCACCAGCACCAGCAACAGCACUAGUACCACCACCGCGGCCAGCAGGCCCACCACCAUGAAGGAAAAGUAUCCAGGAAUAAUAAAAGACGGUUCUUGGUUCGCCCAAUUUCGUUAUGGCUGUAAUCCAUGGAUGGCUAGAUAUGUUUAUGGGUUCAUUUUCCUCAUCACUAACUUUCUAGCAUGGGUUCUUCGAGAUUAUGGCAAAGGUGCAAUGAAAGAGAUGGCAAGACUGAGAGGAUGCAAGGAUGGUGUAGACUGCUUGGGAACGGAAGGAGUACUGCGUGUGAGCAUGGGAUGUUUCUUGUUUUUCUUCGCGAUGUUCCUUUCCACUGUCGGAACCUCUAAAGUGCAGGACCGUAGAGAUACAUGGCAUUCAGGAUGGUGGUCCGCGAAAGCUAGCAUGUUUUUUGGGUUCAUGGUUCUUCCAUUUCUUCUUCCAACCCCAAUUGUUCUGAUGUAUGGGGAAAUCGCGCAUUUUGGUGCUGGGAUCUUUCUCUUAAUCCAGCUUGUAAGUGUGAUUAGUUUCAUUUUCUGGCUGAAUGAUUCUUGCCAGUCAGAGAAGAUCGCAGAAAGAUGCCGUGUCCAUAUGAUGUUAACUGCAACAACCGCGUAUGUUGUGAGCAUAGUAGGGAUAAUCUUGAUGUACAUUUGGUAUGCACCAGAAGCAUCAUGUCUCCAAAACAUUUUUUUCAUCACUUGGACUCUCGUACUUCUGCAGUUGAUGACAAGCGUAUCUAUGCAACCCAGAAUUAGUGCUGGAUAUCUGACUCCUGGGUUAAUGGGACUUUACAUUGUGUUUCUAUGCUGGUGUGCCAUCAGAAGUGAGCCUCCAGGAACUAAAUGCAACAGGAAGGCGGAAGCUUCAGUUCGGACUGACUGGCUAACCAUCAUUAGCUUUGUUGUUGCACUACUCACCAUAGUGGUUGCAACCUUUUCAACAGGCAUUGAUUCCCAGUGUUUUCAGUUCAAGAAAACCGAGAAGCAAGCAGACGACAACGAUGUUGCAUAUGGUUAUGGGUUCUUCCAUUUCGUUUUUGCGACUGGAGCUAUGUAUUUCGCAAUGUUGCUCAUCGGUUGGAAUACACAUCAUGCAAUGAAGAAGUGGACAAUUGAUGUAGGUUGGACAAGCACCUGGGUUAGAGUAGUGAAUGAAUGGUUAGCAGCCUGUGUCUACAUAUGGAUGCUGGUGGCUCCAGUGAUACUAAAGAGCAGACAAGCAGGUGAAUUUGGCUGAUAAAAAAAGCAGUCAAAUAAUUCUUUCUUCUUCUCAAGAUCUGCACCAUCUAAAGCAGCUGUCUUGUUUGACAAUGACAAGAUAACAAAAGACAAAUUUCAGAAUUCUGGAUCACUUUGUCCUUUUCUGCUCCCAAUUGGCAUUACAUACUGAUAUACAGAUCUACAUUAUACACUUAUUAUUUGUAAUCCUCCUCAGUUAAAUUACAUUAGUGUGACCAAGAGACGAGAGCUUCCUGAAAAUUUUGUGAAAUCGUAAUAUUCAUUUGUAUAUAGUUCUAUAUCUAUUUACUUUUAAAUACUCCAUCCGUUUCGAUAUAAUGAUAUGUACUCCGUAGGUAGGAAAGAAAAUGUAGUGAGUAUAAAUAGUGUUAGUAUGUUACCUAUAAAUAUUUAAUAUUGGUCUCCUUUGUUCUCUUUAA